UACACCCACUCCCGCCCAAAACCUCGAGAACCAUAAAAAUGGCGGCUAGACGGUGGAUCGACGGAGACGAUACCGCCGCCGAGAUGCUCUCUCGGGUUUCAUCGGAGCGGCCCUUCUUGCUCCUUCCGCCUCUCCACCGCGUUCCUCUCCGAGUCGGCAAUGUGGUGGAGCUCGCCGGCCCCUCUUCUUCAGCCAAAACCCAGAUCCUCAUUCAGGCUGCUGUGAAUUGCAUUCUUCCUAAGGAGUGGAAUGGUGUGCACUAUGGGGGUUUGGAGCUUUUGGUGAUCUUCAUUGACUUGGAUAGUCGUUUCGAUGUUUUACGACUUUCAGAAAUGUUAAAGCACAGAAUUAUGGAACCCAUUGGGUCAGUGUGUGAUAAUGAGGAAUUGUAUGCUGCGUGCAUGAGGCGCUUCAUGUAUGUCCGGUGCUACGACAGUCUUGAAUAUCUUGCCACUCUCAAGACAUUGCACCAUCGGCUGAAUAGGGAAAAAGACAUACAUAAUCUUAACAUGCAAUUGCUUAUGAUUGACAACAUCGGACCUUUCCAGUGGGUAGAUCGUGGGUCAACAUUCUUUCCAAUGGGGAGUCAUAACAGGAAAUGCCUCUCCCUUCAAGGUAUUUCAGAAACUCUAGUUCAGGAGAUUAGAAAGCUUCUGCUGCUGCAUCCCAUGCUCAUAAUAGCUACUAAAGAAAUAGUUUUGGAUAAUGUAUAUGGCAUGGAUGCGGCCAAACAAAAUAACUGUAUGCUGGAAGCAUCAGGAGUAAGAAGUAAUAGUAAUCAACUACUUCCAUACCGUGAAUUUAUGCCACCCAUCUGGCAGUCAUUCAUUACCCACAGGAUACUUGUACGAGCUUCAGAUGAUCACCUGCCUAUAAGACCUGACGCAGAAAAUUCUCUUUACUUGUCGGAAUGGUUAUCACCUUCACUUCGCUUCCAGGACAAGUUUCUAGUGAAGGAUGUAAGAAAAUCCCCGUCUGUCUUGUGACUCUGUAACUAAUCAAAGUAAUCUCU